GGCAUGUUAUAAAGACAAAAAGGUAUCGCUUUCUGAGAAGUGCAAGUGGCUUCUUGGGCAUGUGCUAUUGCCUUCAUUCCAGAAUGUCAGUCUUCCUCUAUUUGAUUACUUUUUUACUUGGGCUUCACGCUACAACCAAAGGUGCACCACCUAGCAGCUCUGAAGGCAAAGUACCUACCUGCUAUUUGCCUCAACAAAAUGACACUUUCUAUAAAAUGUCAUCCAUCAAUGCUGAUUUUGCAUUCAACCUGUACAGAAAGUUCGCUGUGGAAAUCCCAGAUCAGAACAUCUUCUUUUCCCCUGUAAGCAUUUCUGCAGCUUUGGCCAUGCUUUCCUUUGGAGCUGGCUCCAGCACCCAAACUCAGAUCCUGGAAGCCUUGGGGUUCAACUUCACAGAUACUUCAGUGGCAGAGAUACAGCAGGGCUUCCAGUACCUGAUCUGUUCACUCAAUUUUCCAAAGAAAGAACUGGAAUUGCAAAUAGGAAAUGCCCUCUUCAUUGGAAAGAAGCUGAAACCAUUGCCAAAAUUCUUGGAUGGUGUCAAGACCCUGUAUGAGACUGAUGUCUUUUCUACAGACUUCUCCAAUGUUUCUGCAGCUGAACAAGCAAUCAACUGUCAGGUGGAGAAGCAAACCAAAGGAAAAAUUGUGAACCUAAUCCAUGACCUCAAAUUAAAUGCCAUCAUGGUCCUGGUGAACUAUAUUCACUUUAAAGCACAGUGGGCAAAUCCUUUUCAACCAUCCAAGACAGAAGACAGUUCCAACUUCUUAGUGGAUAAGAUCAUCACAGUGAAAGUGCCCAUGAUGCAUCAGGUAGAACAAUACCAUUACUUGGUGGAUAUGGAACUGAACUGCACAGUGCUGCAAAUGGACUACAAUAAAAAUGCCCUGGCUCUCUUUGUCCUUCCCAAGAAGGGACAGAUGGAAUGGGUGGAAGCAUCCAUGUCAUCUAAGACACUGAAGAAAUGGAACCGCUUACUGCAGAAGGGGUGGGUUAAUCUUUUUGUUCCAAAAUUUUCCAUUUCUGCUACACAUGACCUUAGAAUCAUGCUUUUAAAGAUGGGCAUUGAAGAUGCUUUUGCUGACAAGGCUGAUUUUUCUGGACUCACAGAGGACAAUGGUCUAAAACUUUCCUAUGCUGCCCAUAAGGCUCUGCUGCACAUUGGUGAAAAGGGAUCGGAUGAUGUUAAUGAUGUCACUGUCUCUGAAGUCAUAUCCAUGGAUCAGUCUGAAAUCACUCUCCUUCAUCCUAUUAUCCGAUUUGAUAGAACUUUUCUGUUGAUGAUUUUGGAGAAAAACACCAGAAGCAUUCUCUUUCUAGGGAAAGUUGUGAAUCCAACAGAAGUAUAGUUGGGAAAGAAGCCACUGGGUAAUUGUGUGUACAUAUUACAGUGGGAAAUAAAUAAAUAAUAUAGUGCAGGUGA